AUGGCCUCGGCGGUGAACGAGCUAGGCCAGCUGCUGAGGGGAGGAGAGGCCCCUGCAGACGCAAACCAGCAAGCAGACGGGGCAGGCGGCAGCGUGCAACCGGGCGCAGCAGCGGCCGCGGCAGGCAAGGCAGGCGCGACAGGCGUGGACAUCUCCAAGCUCAGCCAGCUGUCCGACUUUGCGGACAAGGAGCUGCAGCGCGACCAGAAGCCCGCCCAUUUCUCCCAGGAAUCGCUCAUCGAGCCGCCGCCCAACCCGCUCACCUUCCAGCAGGCCUCACAGCCCGCCGACAUCCCCGCCCCGCUGCUCCCAGAGUCCCAAAACAUGAGCACCCUGCCGCCGGGCGCCACGCCCGCCAGCGCGGCGGCCGCAGCGGCCGCAGAGGAGCAGCAGAAGCAGAUGGCGGCCGCCGCGGCGGCCGCGGUGGGCGGCGUGCUGCCCAUGGAACAGAUGAUGGCACUCAUGCCUGGCAUGCUGGGCAUGGACUGGGCCCAAAUGGCGGUGCCCCACACCAUGGAGGCAGAUGUGUCGGAGCAGCCCGGGCCGCGCAGCAAGAGCGGGAAGCCCACGCGGCGCGGGCCCAUGGACGAGAUGCGACAGCUCGUGCGCAUACUGGUCAAGCUGCUGCCCCAGUCCAUCGCCUACAUUGGCGCCAACGAGGAGGCAGGCGGCGGCAACCGCAUCAGCGAGGAGCAGAUCAAAAACUAUCUGGAGAAGACGCUGGGGGACGCGCCGCGCCCGCCCUGGGGGGUGCCCAACGGCUGGUACUCGUACGUGUCUGAGCUGUUCAGCUGGGCGCUGGGUCGGCCGGUGGAUGAGGAGUCGACCAAGAAGUGCGCCAAGCGGGAGCCCGGGCGCAGCUGGGAAGCGCUGGACUCGGAGCUGCAGGCCAUCGGCGUGCACCCGCACUGCUGGCCGCUGCCACUGAGCCUGAUGGGCGUGCGGGAAGCGGAGAAGAACCCCAUCCCGCAGCCCAUCCCGCAGCUGCCCACAGUGAAGCGCGGCGCCGAGGGCGAGGCCGUGGUGCGCCGCGGCCGCAGCGGCGCCUCCGCCACCUUGGACCUGGACCGGCUGUCAGAGUAUGAUGCCUGGAAGCACCUGUGUGAUGUGCUGGCGGUGGCCACCAGCAAGGCCAACACGACUCCGCCCGAGAUGCAGCAGGCGCUGGCUGGGCUGAAGAGCCAGGCCAAGGGGCAGAUUGACGUGCUGACGGGCGGCGUGGGCGGCCUCAACAUGCUGCAGUACGUGCCUGUCAUGGGCCUGGAUGGCAACCCUUCUAUGAUGGCCUUCCUGGGAGGCAUGCAGGGCAUGUCGAUGGGGCUGCCGCCGGUCACCGGCCAGCUGGUGGGAGCCGAUGGGCAGCUGAUUGCAGCCGACGGCGCCACAGCGGCUGCUGCCGCCGCCGCCGCGGCGCACGCCGUGGCGGCAGGUGAGGCGGCCAUGGCUGCGCCUGCGCCUGGCAGCGCCGGCGGGGAGCCUGCCGCCAAGCGGGCGCGCCGCGAGGGCGAGGAGGGCGGCGGCGACUCGCCCCAGGAGGACGAGGGGCGGGCCGCGGACAAGGGCAAGGCGCCGCUGUCGAGCAGCGAGGCGCGCGGCACGCUGUUUGGCGCGCUGGGAGGCGCCGACGCCGGCGGGGACGCCGCCAGGCAGCAGCAGCUGGCGCAGCAGGCGCAGCAGCUGGGGCAGCUGCCGCUGCUGUACGCCGCGCAGCCAGGGGCGCCGGCCUUCAUGAUGCCUCCGGGCUUCCCUGGCCUCGUGCCGGGCGCUGCGGCGGGCUUCCCUGCCGCCGAAGGCGCGCCCGCGACCGCCGAGGGCGCUCCCGCAACCGCCGAGGGCGCGCCCGCCCCGGCCCCGGCUCCCACGGGCGAGGCGUGA